GAAAAGCCAGUAAAUUUUUUUCUUUAACAUGAAAACGAAAACGUUAAUAUUAUCUCUCAUAAUUUGCGCAUUCUUUUUCGUGGCUGAUGGAUCUCGUUAUAUGAAAGAUGAAUAUAGUGAUGGAUUGGAAAGAGAAUCUGAUAAUGGAAACAGAUUCGCGGUAAAUCAAACACGAGAUUUUAACAAAAGUCGUGCUGGCAAAAUAAAUGAGUCUGACAAUGAUGAAAUAGAUCUUCCUGAAAGUGACCCCCCUGAAAGAGAUUUGAACGAAGAUGAUGAUGAUGGUCCUCCUGAACGGGGCCCUCCAGGAAGAGGUCCUCCAAGACGAGGUCCAUCAGGAAGAGGUCCUCCAAGACGGGGUCCACCAGGCAGAGGUCCUCCUGGAUUGGGUCCUCAUAGACGAAGUCCUCCAAGAAGAGGACCACCUAGUUUUGACGAAGAUGAUUAUGUCGAUGAUGAUGAAGGCAGAUUUGGUAAUUAUGGAAGAGGUCCACCAAACCGAGGUUCUCUCAGAAGAGGACGACCUAGUUUUGAUGACAAUGAUGAUAAUAAUAGAAAUAAAAAUUAUGGAAAUGGUCUUCCUAGAAGAGAUCAUUCUGGUUAUGAUAAUUCUGAAAAUGAUGGAAGAAACAAUGGAGACGAAAAUGAACAAAUACGGAGGGGAUCAAUUGGACGUAAUAAUUAAAAAAAAUAUUUUUAAAAUCAACGAUAAUAAAGAGAACAAUUCACAACAAUAAAAUUUAGUAUUUCUAAAUAAAUAUUCAUAUUAUUUUAUUAACAUUGUUCACGAUAAGAAUAAAUUGUAUAAAGAAAAAGUAUAUAAAAUACUUUAAGAAUAUGGCAAAUAUAAUAUAAAAUGGCAUAAAAUUAUUUUUAAUUUUUCCUGCGUGACAAGAGCGAAAUUAUAAGAUACAAAUAGUAUUUUUUAAACUGUCACGUGGACUUAAUCGUACAUAUAAAGCAGAAUGAAGAAAAAAUUAGUUAUUCUAACUCGAUACUGUUGAUUAUUCAACAACUAUGAGAAGAAUUACAUUGACACUCUUAGUUGUCAUUUGUGUGACUACUUUUGCGAUUGGUCUACCUUGUCAUGGAACAUAUGGAGGAGGUGGUGGAACUGCUCCGGGUUAUUAUUCUGCCCCAUCAGGAGGUGGAGGAUAUUCUGGGGGGAGUGGAUAUCCAAGUGGUGGUGCUCCAUCAGGAGGUGGUGGUGGUGGAGGAUUCAUGGGCACAAUGACAGGGAUGGCUGAAAAUUUGAUGCAAUAUACUAAAAAAAUGAAGGGAUAAAAAUAAAAAGAUGCAUUGAUAUUAUGAAUCAUAUUUGUAAUUCCUUAAUUUGUUAAUAUACUUUAUAAAUAGUUAAAAAUUGAAUAUUAUAUUGAAGCUAAAGCUGAUUUUGAUUAUUCGGUAAAAAAAUAUUAUAUAAUGUAUUUUAGAAAAUAAUUAUGUUGUUUGAAAUAU